AUGGCUGAACCUGCAAUGAAUUUGGCAAGCCCAGUACAGCUCGACAUUAUUGAUGGGUUACGCGGGCUUGGGAUAUCAAACUUUGUUGCCCUACCCCAGCUUGCCGUGGUAGGAGACCAGUCGAGUGGCAAGAGUUCCGUUCUUGAAAGCUUCUCUGGGCUCCCAUUCCCACGAGACAGUGGGUUGUGUACUAGAUUCGCAACCCAGAUUAUCUUCCGGCGUGGUCCUACGAGUAAUAUCAAAGUCUCCAUUAUCCCUGGGCCCGAUCGAAGUCUCCAAAAAGCGCAUAAACUCCACGGCUAUGUGAAGGACAGCCUGACAACUUUGACAAGUCAUGAGUUUCUUGACAUCCUUAAGGAGGUCUGUCAACUGAUGGAAAUCCCGAGUCCGGGCCAACCCCUCGAAACGAGCCACUCUACCUUUAGCGAUGAUCUCCUCAGUAUAGAGCUCUGUGGUCCAGACAAACAAAAUCUCAGUAUUAUUGAUAUCCCAGGCAUCUUCAGAACGCCAACGGAGGGUGUGACAACGGUACAAGACAUGGCUUUAGUGAGACGGAUUAUGAACCGCCACAUCAAGGACGAGCGGACCAUUAUCCUUGCCGUUAUCCCUAGUAAUAUGGACAUUGCUACUCAAGAGAUUUUGUCCAUAGCUAAAGAAUUGGACCCAAACGGCCUGCGGACGCUCGGAGUCCUCACAAAGCCUGACUUAAUUGACAAGGGCGGGGAGGAAAAUGUGAUGAGCCUCGUGGAGGGAAAACGGAACCAGCUCCGUCUUGGAUAUUGUAUUGUCCGAAACAGAGGCCAGAGUGAGCUCUCAAACGAUGCUACGACGCGCCACAGGAAGGAGAAGCAUUUCUUCUCGACGGAGCCCUGGUCUAGAUUAGACCCUGAUCGGGUCGGUACGCCCGCGCUCCAGAGACGUCUGCAGGAGCUGCUCGUUAGUAUCACACGCCGAGAGUUCCCAAAGGUCCAAGCCCAGAUUAUACAACAGCUAUCGAGCUGUCGCAAGCGCCUAGAUGGCCUUGGGGCUGAUCGAGAAUCGACAGAUCAGCAGCGUCGCUUCUUGCUCGAAUUGUCGCAGAAGUUCCAGGACGUGACAAAUUGCGCUUUAGAUGCGUACUAUUCACGCCACGCGGUAUUCGCAAGCGUUCCUGGGCUCAGGCUUGCCACAUUAGCUGUCGAACGCAUGGAGCGCUACGCGAAAGAUAUCAAAACAUUUGGGCAUACAAUAAGCUUUGAUUCGGAAGAGGAAGGAGUGCCACCCACCGCAUAUCCCGCGGUCCCUAGUACGCCACCUUCAGAUGGAUCAGAAGUAGACGCUGACAAUCCUGAUUCUGAGUACCCAGAACUCGCGGGCUUGAUCUGA